AUGGCGGCAGUGACUCGAGGCAUCUCUUCUGCUUCGGGCAGAUCGACAUCGAUACCCGUCUUCCUUGUCCCUGCAUUUUCACGACCAUGUUCUUCCCGUCCAGUUACUUCGUCUCGAUCCUUCUCCAGCAGCGAACCCCGAGGAAAACGUCAAACUAAAGCUGGUGAAACCAAUAAGAAGCGGGGUGUAUCGGCUAUGCGAGGCACUGGACCUUUGGUCAACAGAGGGCUUUGGGCAUAUCCCCUCCCAGAACCUGUCGCCCGUUCGCGUGUGCCUAAACAAACGGACUAUGAGGAUACAGCCGACCAUGGUCUCUGGCAAUUCUUCCAUGCAGAUAGAAAAGCCCUAGUUCCGCCAGAAGAGGAAUCCUCACAUGGUCGUGCAUGGAGCUAUGGCGAACUGUCUAUCAAAAGUUUCGAAGAUUUACACAAACUCUACUGGCUCUGUAUAAAAGAGCAAAACCAGAUCCUUACUCGUUCCAGAGAGAUGUCACGUGUCCGUGCAGGUUUUGGAGACCUGGAGCUCGAAGAGAAGAGAAAAGUGGUAAGUCGCGCCAGAUCCUGUGCAAGAUAUCUCUUAUCCUAUGAUGAGCCUCAUCCUUUCACUCGCCGAUAUGAGUGCUACAAGACUGCUUAA